CGCACGGAAGUCCCCCUGCCUCCUCUCCGCUCUCUCUCUGACUCUUUCUUCUCUCUCUUUCUCUCUCUGACUGACUCUCUCUCUCUCUCUCUCUCUCUCGCUAGCUCGGCCGCGUUCCUUCCAAGCGGCGACGACAGGGGAGUGGCGCCGCCCUUGCCAGUUCUUCGUCGGACGCUUCGCCGGCCGACAAGUAAUGGCGUCGCCAAUCUCUGCAAGACGCUAUCAACAAUUUCCUUUAGUACAUAACAAUGGACUUCCAAGAUUUUCUCGAGGAAAAGUGGCAUGCUUGGGAAUAAAACAAACUAGAUAUCAUUCUGAAACCAACUUAUCUUCAUCAGCAAGUCAUGGAGAUGCCAGCAAGCUCCAUCCUGUAGUCAAAAUGUGUGGCAUCACAUCAGCUAGAGAUGCAGAAAUGGCUGUAGAGGCAGGAGCUAAACUUAUAGGCAUGAUACUGUGGCCUAACUCUAAACGCUCCGUCUCGUUAUCUGAGGCAAAAAAAAUAUCAAGAGUUGCACAAUCUUAUGGUGCCGAAUCAGUUGGUGUCUUUGUGGAUGAUGAUGAAGAUACUAUCUUACGAGUGUCUGAUUCAUGUGACCUUAACUUCAUCCAGCUCCAUGGAGACAAAUCUCGUGCAUUGGUUCAUACUCUUUCCAAGAAUAACCGCAUUGUUUAUGUACUAAAUGCUGAUGAAGAUGGAAAACUAAUCAACUCUCCUCCUGUUUUGGAAUAUGCACUUGAUUGGUUCUUAGUGGACAGUGCAAAAGGCGGAAGUGGAAAGGGAUUCAACUGGCAGAGGUUCCAAAUGCCGACAGUCAAAAGCAAGAAUGGAUGGCUAUUAGCUGGAGGACUUCAUGCAGAUAAUGUUUGUCAAGCCUUUUCUGCUCUGAAACCUAAUGGAGUUGACGUUAGCAGUGGCAUAUGUGCUCCUGACGGUAUCCGUAAAGACCCCAACAGGAUUUCUUCCUUCAUGAGUAAUGUAAAAUCCCUGAGUUGCAGAUCAUAAUGUCAUUUGGUUGUUGGGAGCUUAGUUUCAUUCAUUUGCUUACCUUGCGGAGACUAGCUAAUUUGGGGUUGAACGAAACCUGAAGGCAAGCUGUUCAGCAUGAUGGCGAUAAUUGCAUUUGCGGUUGAGGGAAAAAUAGUGAUUAAAUUUCUGUAGAGCAAACGUUACAUGUUUUGUAUUUGUUGGUUGUGUACUGUAAUAAGUGGAUUUUGCAUGCAUCUCCAGUUUAAAGGCAAUAAUAAACCACACAUCGUACCAUCGAUGUAUUUUCUGCAGCAAUAAAGUAAAGGGCUAAAGGCUAUACUUA